UGGCAGAGACCAGAACAAACCCAGGGGCAACAGAACAUAACCUAGUGCCAUUAUCUAGGUUCGCGUAGUUCUGAAGACGUUGGUAUCGCUCAUGGACCGAGAUUGGAGGUAUCAGGGAGAGUUGCAAUGGGAACAGUCAUCAGUGGAUCUCCAGACACAGUGUCAUUCACAAAUUCAAUUUCGAUAAGUAUUGGAAUAGUUUAGUCAAUUAAAGCUGC